CAUCUGAUCCACGGCACCGCCCCUUCCUCCCCUCAUCCUCCGCGCUGCGCCGCUCCGCACACCCGGCGCACCAGCGGGACAGUCCGGCUGCAGCACCGGCUCACUCGGACCACGCGAGCCUGGAAGACAGCUCCUGCUGGAGGGAUAAUUAACCCGGAGCCAGCCAGUCUCCUGUUUUCUUGCUGUCGCAGCUUCCUUUGGAGCCAGUGAAGCUGCCAAGGAGUGUGGUAGCAGCCAGGCCUUUCCCAAAAAAGGGGCACCCUACCAGGGGUAACGGAGGGGAUAGAGGAUUAGAGAGGAUAAUCCAGGAUGGUUCCAUGUUGCGACCGCAGAGCCGUGUGCAGCUGGACUCAGACCUAUUUCUGAGCUGAUGUCGACAAAGCCAAAGCCAGAGGCAAGCGGGGGAAACCAGGCGACCUGACCACAUCGCUUCCAGGAACACAACUGCACAGUGUUCUCCUCAAUUUAUGUCUGUUUAAUUGAGCCAGCUAUGCAUAACAACGAGCUACAAACAGUGGGACAGAGUUUGGCCUGCACAUGAUAAACAGAGAUAAUUUUCCAGUGAACUAUUUGGCGUUACAGGCCUGGAGUUGAACUUCUUUCCCUUAGAAAUUAUCUUGGAUUAACCUUUGAGAGGAGAAAGUUUGAGAAGUUUGCUAGUUCAUUUUUGCCAUUCAGUGGGAUUUAAGGACAUUGUUUCAGUCUGAUUUUCAAGAAACAGUCACCUCGUUUGACCAUGAAUCUUCAGGAAAAGCUGUCAGGCCUCAAAGGCCUGGUCACACACUCCCACAGCAAGCGCCGCUAUAAAGGCGACCUCACGUUGGACAUGAUCAGCCCUCCUCUGGGUGACUUCCGCCACACCAUGCACGUGGGCCGCGGCGGCGAUGUAUUCGGGGACACCUCGUUCCUCAGCAACCACGGCGGCUCGGCCAACGCGAACAACGGGGAAUCGGAUUCCAUUUCCAGCCCCGACAACAAGAUCGGGGCGUUCUUCUCCAGAACGCUCCGGCAGAUCAGGAGGGGCUCCGACAACCGUCCCAGAGAAGUAUCCAAAGAUCUGUCGCCGCCGCCACCUCCCGUUUCUCCCAUCAUCAAGAACGCCAUCUCCCUUCCCAGGCUGGAUGUGGAUAUGCCCAAUGGGAGUCCUACCACCAAACUGCUGUUCGGCAGUUCUCAAAGCACGCCAGAUGAGAAGAAAAGCUCUUAUGGUCUCGACUCUGGUUUCGUCACUCUGCCUCGUCUCUCCCGCUCUGAGCGCCAGCAGCCUUCCAUCUCCCUCCCCAUUUCCUGCUCACCUAACAUCCACCGCGGCUCUCUGACCGACCCCACCGACGCCAUCUUAUCCACUUGCUCCGCCUCCAUACUUACUUCUGACCCCAAACCCACCACCACCGCCUACUCUGACUCCCUUCCCUCCCUCACCUCCCUGGACACCUUCACCUUUGACCUGGGCCCCUCCCUCAUGAGCGAGGUGUUCGGCCUGAUCGACGGCCACCACGAGGAGCACGGCCACGUCUGGGAGGGAGAGGAGGCGGGCUCAGCGUGCGGGCUGACCACUGAGGGAUCAGAGAUGGACUCGGCCACUAUCUCAUAUGUGGAUUCGCUGUUGCGAGAGGACUGCGGGGGCGGGAAGAGCCCGCAUCAGGUGGAAUGGGAGGAGGAAGACGGGAGCGUGACGGGGGUGAACGGAGUUGGGCUUUCUGUUAAAGUGCCUGACGUGGUGAUGGGAUCCCCUGAAAGAGUGAGGUUGGGGAUAGGGAUGGAGAGCGAGCGGUUCCAGAGUGCUACAGAUGUGCUCGCACGCCAUUAUGGCGGCAGCCUCUUAAAGGGACAGAGCAGGAUGGCAGUGGCAGAUUCAGGGAUGAUGAUCAUCAACCAGGCGAAGAAGAACAUGUCCUACAGUUACAUGGACGACGAGGAUGAAAUCAAAGUCUGAGCCAAGCAAAUCAGAGAUGCUGUGACACUAAAGAGCAAAAAUAUUCAUCUGAUGUAUGAUUUCUCUGUUAACUCUGAUCAAAUCAACCAUCUAAAAUAUUUUUACGGUCAGAGGCUGGCUCUUUCAACAGGAUGGAAACUACAACGUGAAUCCAGUGUCCUUAAUGUUGGAUCCUUUACUUUUAUACCAAUCGUGCUUCAAGGAUGUACAGUUCCAAUGCCAAAGUGUUGCUGAAUGUAUCGAAAAGGAGCAAAAAGACUUUUUGAAAAGGUCAUGACUUUAAAAGGACUGAAACACAGUGGAGUGUGAAGAGGCACGGGGACAGUGAGGGUGUGCCAGCAAAUGUGUUUGAAGAUCGUGUCAAAGGAAACACCUGCUUUAUUUACUUGACGCCCCUCAUUCACUUUAUACUUCACACACUUCCUCACAAUGCGCGGGCGAAAGAGUCCUGGUCACUAAUGAGAACACAAAGAGGAAGUGGGGAUUAGACAAAUAUAUUUAAUCUUAAUAGAACCUUUUUUUUUUUUUUUUUAACAACCUUCACUACCAUCUCCUGUCAAUGUUUCUCUCAGGAAUACACUACCAGGAAACCAAAAAAGGGAAGAAGAGAUCUGGAAUCUCGAUAAACCAGAGAGAUUCGAACAUCUCACUGAUUAUACUACACGGACUGAGGGAAUAAGACUAAGUAUUGCCGGUAUUUGCUAGCUGCAACUAAAGCCUAAAAUCAUAUAAUUGCUCAUUUUAUGCUGCAAAACUUUCAAUAUAGUUACCCUGUGCACCUUCUAUGAUUAUGAAGUCCGACUCCUGUAUUGCUUUUUAUAGAAGAAUUGUCAUUUAUAUGUUCUUUUAUACAAAUGUACAUGAAGAUUUCGAUUGACCUCCUAUAAAUAUGUACUUACAGUAAGAGCACCUGCAGUACGCAGUGCGAUUCACAUUCAUAUGCUGCAGUCAGUACCAAUGAUAUACUAUGAUGAUAUAAAUUGACAAUAAAAAAUGUUUUUAGUUA